AUGACGACCAUUGCUCGAACCUGGGGCAAGACAUUCUCGUAUGCCAUCCGAGCAGUUUGCUUUGUCCAUAUAGUACAUAACCAUGUGUACGAGUUCACUGAGACCAGGGGUGAAUCAAUGCUACCGACUCUGGCUGCCACCAACGACUAUGUGCAUGCCAUAAAGAAAUACAAGGAUGGGAGAGGCUGCCAGAUUGGAGAUUGUAUCGUUGCUGUGAAACCAAGCGAUCCGGAUCAUCGCGUUUGUAAAAGAAUCACAGGGAUGCCCGGUGACAUUAUACUGGUCGAUCCCAGCAUGAAGUCUAAAGUGUUUGGUUCAGAGACAGUGGGCAACGAGAAGCUGCACUUACCGGAAGAUCCAAUCGGAUGCUCAGAGGAUUACGAUGAGAGUUUUGAUUCGUAUAUCAAGGUACCUAAAGGACAUGUGUGGGUCACUGGCGACAACUUGUCACAUUCGUUAGAUUCAAGGACUUACAAUGCGCUGCCUAUGGGACUCAUAAAAGGCAAAAUUGUGGCAGCUAAUGACUUCAAUGAACCGUUUUGGGGUGGUUCCAAGGGUAAUUUUUGGGGGUUCAGAAAGAUUGAGAACAUUUAUGUCGAUGAAAAAUGA